AUGAAAGUGGAUUGUCCUCUCACUCAUUUCCCCCACCAGACCAGUGCAGAUUUUUCCGAGUUUGCCGAACCUCCACAGGUUCGUCCUCGCCGAAACAAGGUUUCCUCGUUUCGGUUCCAGGAUGAGAAGAGGGCACGCCGCCCCACUCUCUUGAAUUCGAGCGGAAAGAGAAAUAUAUACGCAUUCACUACUAAUAGGCGCCUUUUUAGAGGCCUUCUGUGA